AUGGCAUCGCUUGACGGAAAAGUAUACGCCUUCACUGGGGGGGCCAGCGGUAUUGGCCUUGCAACGGCUAAGAUCAUCGCAAAGCGGGGUGCCACUGUGUGCCUUGCAGACAUCGACCCCGAAGCUCUUGAACAAGCCAAUGCCUACUUCACGGAGCAACAGACGCCUUUUUCGGUGACAAAAGUCGAUGUGUCCGUGAAGAACGAGGUGGAGACCUGGAUAGAUGGCAUACUCAAGCAGUUUGGGCGGUUGGACGGCGCUGCAAACGUGGCCGGCGUCAUUGGCAAACACCACGGCAUUCGAGCCGUCGCGGAUCUUGAAGACGACGAGUGGCAUAAGAUCAUUGCUGUCAACUUGACAGGCUGCAUGUACUGUCUCAGGGCGGAACUCAGAAACAUAGCGGACGGCGGUUCCAUUGUCAACGUGGCCUCGAUUCAUGGCAUCAAGGGUUUCGCCAAACACGGCGCAUAUGAUGCUAGUAAGCACGGCGUGAUAGGGCUCACUCGAGCGGCAGCCAACGAGAACGGUGCCCGAGAGGUUCGAGUCAACGCUGUUGCUCCCGGCGCCAUCUACACACCAUUGAUGGAGAAGGCUUGGAAAUUUCAUGAUCGCGCAGCCGACGCCGCCUUUGACGAGCCAACGUCUUUUCAACGUCAGGGCACUGCUGACGAGUGCGGAAACGUCAUUGCUUUCCUGCUCGGCCCAGAGAGCUCGUUCGUGAGCGGGAGCGUCUAUCAAGUCGAUGGAGCGUGGUUAUGA